AUGCCGUACAAGUUGGUGGUGAUGGGCAGCUGUCGCGUGGGCAAGAGUGCGCUGACCAUCCGGUUCCUCCAGAACAGCUACGUGGCCGAGUAUGAGCCCAUUACCAGAGACUUGUACCACGGCGUGGUCGAGGUGGACGGGCUGCCCUGUGAGCUGGACGUCUUGGACACUGGCGGUGCUGAGGAGUACUACGAGCAGUGGGAAGACUUCAUGCGCUGGGGGGACGGCUUCCUCUGUGUCUAUGCCGUGGACUUCAUGAAGACCUUUGUGGAUGUGAACCUCUUCCGCACCCAGCUGCAGAAAGUCAGGGGCACCAGCCGGGUGUCCAUGGUGCUGGUGGCAAACAAAAUCGACAAGGCGCACUGGCUGGUGGACUCGGACUUGGGUCAGGAAGCAGGCAAGAGCUUCAAUGUUCCCUUCAUGGAAGCCUCGGCCAAGACCGGGCAGGGCGUGAAGCAUGCCUUCCAUAAGCUGGUUCCAGAGAUUCGCCUGAUACGGAAAGAAGAGCUCAAGGGCCGCCCCUGGGGGAGUUGGAACUUUGGGUUCCAUCACUGCAAGAUCAUGUAA